AUGUCUAUUGGAAAGUUUAAAAAUAAUUUAAAUAGAACUUGUACUUUAUGUGAUAAUAGUUGUACUUAAUGUACCAGUUUAAGUAUAUGUUAAAGUUGCAAUUAAGGAUUUUAUCUUAAUAACUCUAUUUGUGUUUAAGAAUGCCCUGUUGGGAAGUUUAAAAAUAAUUCUGAUAGAACUUGUACUUCAUGUGAUAGUAGUUGUUUUUCGUGUACAAGUUUAUCUUUAUGCUAAAGCUGCAAUUAAGGAUUUUAUCUAGAAAAUGUUUCUUGUAUUUAAGAAUGUCCUAUUGGGAAGUUUAAAAAUAAUCCAGAUAGAACUUGUAUUUAAUGUGAUACUAGUUGUUCUUCGUGUACAAGUACAACUUUAUGCUAAAGCUGCAAUUAAGGAUUUUAUCUCGAUAACUCUAUUUGUAUUUAAGAAUGUCCUAUUGGGAAGUUUAAAAAUGAUUUAAAUAGAACUUGUACUUCAUGUGAUAGUAGUUGUUCUUCAUGUACAGGUUUAUCUAUAUGCUAAAGCUGCAAUAAAUUGUUUUAUCUAGAUAACUCUUUUUGCGUUAAGCAAUGCCCGAUUGGUAAAUUUAAAAAUGAUUCUGAUAAAACUUGUACUUUAUGUGAUGUUAGUUGUUCUUCGUGUACAAGCACAACUUUAUGCUAAAGUUGCAAUUUAAACUUUUUUCUAGAUAAUUCUUUAUGUGUUUCGGAAUGUCCGAUUGGGAAGUUUAAAAAUGAUUCUAAUAGAACUUGUACUUCAUGUGAUAGCAAGUGUGAAAAUUGUACUAGUUUAACUUUAUGCUAAAGCUGUAAUUUAGGAUUUUUUUUUGAUAAUUAGAGUUGCUUAAUAGAUUGUCAAUAAGGCAAAUAUAAAAAUGCAAGUAAUAGAUAAUGUUCAUUUUGUGACAACAAAUGUAAAUCAUGUGAUAAUGGUUUGACUUGUAAUGGCUGUUUUGGAAAUAGAGUUGGAGAUUAAUGCGAUUGUCCUUUGUAUUCAAUCUUUUCAAAUGAUUAUUAAAAAUAAUGUUUUGAAUGUAAAAAUGUGCUUAUUGGAUGUGGGUAAUGCACUAUAAAUGAAUGUAUCUCAUGCAUUCCUGAUUUAUAUUUUGAUUUUAAUUAAUUGAAAUAAUGUGAUUCUUGUUAAGAAUUAAAUGUUUAAAUUAUUUUUAGUAACGAUUUUGAACUAUUAUUUGUUAAUUUUGAUUAUUUUAAUUUAGGAGUAAUAACUAAUCUAAUUUUGAAUAAUUCGAAUUUGCAAAAUGAUUAAUAAAAAUCAAGGAAAAAGAAUUCCUAAAGUAUAAAUUGGAUAUCAAUAGCUUCAUCUGAAAGUUAAUAAUUUAUAAAUUAAUUGAAUGCAUAAUUAUAAUAAUAAUAAAAUAAUUUUAUAUUAGUUAUUCCAAGUAUGACUUUUAAAGGAAGUAGCUUUUAUCAAUUCGAAGUAUAAAUAGAAACUGUUUUUUAACAAAAGUAUGAAGAAUUCAAACUUAAAGUUAUUUUUUAUUAUCUAUAAUGCGAUCCUAUAGAAAAAUUAAAAAAAGUGAAUGAAAAAAUACUAUUAAAAAUCGAAUAAAUUAUUAAUUUGUAAAAUAAUUUAAAUAUAAAUUUUGAGAAUUAAACUAUGGAUAAUGAACAUACAAUUAAUAUAUAGCCUUAUAUCUUAGUUUUAGAUUAAUAAUAUGACAUAAAAAUAACUGUCUCUGAUGUUAACAAUAGUUAAAUAUUUUAAGAAAUUAUACACUCAUUUUAGGUAAAAAAAAGCCAACAAAUAGUAAAAAUUUAAGAUUUAUCUCCAAGUGAAAAAGAAGUAUAAAAAAACAAUAACUAUGGUAUUAAAACUAAAUGGAAAUGUAUAACUGCAAAAAGUUAAAGCGAUUGUCGGGAUUAUAAAAAUGAUUUAAUUGUUGACCCUAAUAUGGAAUAAAAUAUAUUGUAAAUAAAAGUAUAAGAAAAAUCUUUAGAAGCCUAUAAUCUUUAUUAUUUUAUUUUAGAAGGAGAAAAAGAUGGUAUCGUAGUUUAAGACAUAUCAAGUUUUAUUAUUUUGGAAUAAAAUAUACCUCCUUUAAAUUCUAUUACAUCAAUAAACGAUUUUUCUUAAAGAAUAAAUUUAAAUUAAUAAAUUUUUGUAUAAUUAAAUUAUGAAGGAAAAAAUAAUUUAGACAAUUUAUUUUUUAGUGGCGCUGUAUUGUAUUAAAACGAUGUGAAAAAUACUAUAAAGUUUUUUCAUAAUUAAGUAAGAUUUUAAACAUGGAAUUAUUUUAAUGAUUUUUUAAAUGAAGAAGAAAAUUCUUAUUAAAUAAGAUUUGCAGUUUUUGAUCCUUAGUAUAUAAUGCCUUCUUUAAUUAUUUUUCUUUAAAGCUAAUUUGCCGCCUUUAAAUUGCCUUUUAAAAUUUAAUAAUUAAUAAUAAGAAAUUUUUAGUUUAAAAUAAAAUUAUGUUUUCUAAAUUAAUAACUGCUAAGAUUAAGAUUAGCCUCUAUAUUAUAAUUUCUUUUAUUAUAAAAGUUAAGAAGAUUUUUAAUAUGA